AUGUCUACAUCGAAUGGUAAUCAAUCAAUCAAAUCAAAUAAGGAUGCAAAUAAGAGCAACAAUGAAAAUACAAAGAAUGAGCUAGCUGUGUUGGACAGCACUAGUCUUUUACACGUAGUGGAUGAACUCAUCAGACUUCGUGCCACAAUCUCACAAAUCCAAGCUUCGCUCAAACAGUUAUUGCAAUUGACACCAACGCUUGAUAGAUAUAAGCAAUUGAUUGAAGUUGCUAGUGGAGUAAAUGGGAAAGGAAACUUUCUGAAAUUUGCAGUUGAUCGCCUCAAUGAUGUCCUAUUUGCCCCGCAAUUGAAGGUUGCGAUUAGAUUGAAACUUUUAUUUGAGUCACUGAAGUUGACAUUAUUGCAAAAGUUGUGUGAUUUGAAUUUCAAAAACAUGACAACGAAUGACCGUGCACUUGAUGAAUUUAUGCUGAUUGUUCCUUGGGAAGGAAAGUCGGGCGUGGAUCAACAGAAAUCAUAUGCUACAGGUGUGAAAAUCGAUGAGGCACAUUUGCUCCCAUAUCCUCCAAUUUUGCCAGAGAUUAAAGACCAGAAGUUGCUAAUACGUGUUACCACGGAUAAACUGUAUCGACAACUUAUUGACUUUGUAGAGCUGCCCCCUAUGAAGUUCAAUAAUUCCCAUAAUUCAAAACUAGCAAUGCGUGGGAAAAAUAUAUUGAAUAUGAUAUUGUUUGAACUUUUGGAUGAACAACUACAGGACGAGUAUCUGGAAAAUUUGUUGUACAUGCAAAAGAGACUAACUUCCAGAGAGUUGCUUGCUAAGUUUGCGAUGGGUUAUAACUUAAUUGAUUGGUUGAAAUAUAAUCUUUCACAAGAGGCCGAUGUUGAUGAAAAGAUAGACAUUAUGAGUAAUGUGUUUUUGGCAUAUAUUGCUGGUUUGCAAGAGGAAAAGUACAGCUUGGAUUCGAUACGCGAGUGGGUCAAAAAGUUGUAUGCGCCUAUUAUCAACGAAUUGAUUGGCACGGAGAAACCAUUACAAAAGGUUGCCAUGGCUGAACUUGAAUCAUUGUUUAGACUGGCUACAAAUUUGAAUAAUUUGUCUUAUAAGGAAUUGGAUUUGCGAGUGACUCAAAUUCAGAGUGAUCCUUUUGUUGUGCAAAUUUCAUUGGAUAACGUAAUAUUGGGUCUAGGUACAUCGCUGAAUAAUUUUGAUGAGGCCCAAGACAAAGCCGCGAUGGGUAUUAUAGGCGACAAGGCAAAAGUGGCGCAAAUAUUUACAAUGAUUAUAAGAAACUAUGUACAGAAUUCAGAAAGAUUAGUGGAGCAUGGGAGUACUGGGGUUGGUAAAAUUAUAUACCCACAGACCUCCUCGGCAUCAGAAACUUGUAUAUCACCAAACCUCAAAAAGGGAAACGAGUUAGGUGCUGAACACAACUCGUAUCCAGUUGUUGAAGAAGUCGGUCUGCCAUUAUUACCGAAAAUGAACCAUCAUGCUCAGCCUGGUAAUUUGAUUGCACCAGAUGCAUACCUGGGCCAGUCAGUAAAUGCUAGUCCCAAUCAACUGUACCCCUUUACAUAUGAGCUGCGAUUUCCCGAUUUCCAACAACACCAACAACACCAACAACACCAUCAACAACAAUACCAACAGCAAUACCAGCAACAAUCUCAGCAGCAAAUCAACGAGCAAUUUAUGAUUGAUCCUAUUACCAAUGUUUCCAACAUUCCCACGAUUCCGCUUACGUUUGAGAAUGUUGAUAUGCUGGCUAAAAAUACAUUUUAUGCUAUUCUUGGCCCUUUACAGCUCAAGGCCAACUAUGAGGAUAAACAAGUUGGUCUGGAAUUCCAUUCAGUGUGUUUACUUAAUGGUGUCAAAUUGGGCUAUGGAAUCGACAGGUCGAAGCAACGCAGUUCACAAAAAGCAGCUAUGGCAGCAAUGAGCAAUAGAAAUGAGUUGGCAAAGCUUGGUGUCCAUAUCAAAUGA